AUGACAUCGCUUACUUGUCUAUUCCGUUUUCUGUCUUUUUCUUCCUUCAUUCCUUCUUUCAUUCUUUCUUUCUUCUUUCAUUCUUUCUUUCUUUCUUUCUUUCAAUCUUUCUUUCUUUCUUUCUUUCUCUCCUUCUUUCUUUCUUUUUCUUUCUUUCUUUCAAUCUUUCUUUCUUUCUUUCUUUCAUUCAUUCUUUCUUUCUUUCUUCUUUCUUUCUUUUUUAUAUCUCUCUUUCUUUCUUCUUUAUUGUUCUUUUAUGACAUCUUUUACUAUUCUAUUCUGUUUUCUGUCUUUUUCUUCCUUCCUUCCUUCCUUCCUUCCUUCCUUCAUUCAUUCAUUCCUUCUUUCUUUCUUCUUUCUUUCUUUCUUUCUUCUUUCUUUCUUUCUUUUUUAUAUCUGUCUUUGCUUUCUUCUUUAUUGUUCUUUUAUGACAUCACUUACUUUUCGACUCCGUUUUCUGUCUGUUUCUUCCUUCAUUCCUUCUUUCAUUCUUUCUUUCUUCUUUCAUUCUUUCUUUCAUUCUUUCUUUCUUCCUUCAUUCCUUCUUUCAUUCUUUCUUUCUUCUUUCAUUCUUUCUUUCUUCAAUCUGUCCUCAUUGUCUGUUUUGUUUCUGCUGUUUUCAUUCAUUUUUCUUCGUUAUUUUCUCAUUUGAUUUUUUUUCUAUUUUCGUUCUCUCUUUUUUUCAUUCUUUUCCGACUCUUUGAAAUAAAUAUUAUAUGA